AAUUCGAAAAACAUACAAUGGCUUCACUUUCAAGUCUUUUACCAAAACCCCGUCAAUCUUUAUCUUCUGCACCACAAUCAGCACCUCAAUUAGAGAAACAAAUUCAAAAAAUCGUUACAAAAUCCAGUCAAAGUAAAAUCCCACCUUAUGGCCAGCGUAAAAAUUUCAAACCAAGAGCACCCGAGGAUUUCGGUAAUGGAGGAGCCUUUCCAGAAAUACAUAUGGCGCAAUAUCCUCUAGAUAUGGGACGUAAAGAUAAAAGGGCCGUUGAUCGGAAAGGGGGUGCUUUAACCUUAGAGGUUGAUUCCGAAGGUCAAGUCAAGUAUGACGCUAUUGCUCGACAAGGUCACAGCGAAGAUCGAAUUGUUCACACUUCUUUCAAGGAUAUGGUACCUCUGAAAGAUCGCAAAGAUGUGGAUGUAGAUAAGCUUGUCAUGGACAGACCCAGCGAGGAAGAAGUACAAAGCGUAGCUGAGAAAACGAAAGCAGCACUCGAAAAAAUUGUCAACAGUAAAAUUCAAUCUUUAAAGCCCAAAAAUAUCGGCCCAGCCAAUGGCAACGGCACCAAUAAAGACCCCACCUAUAUUCGUUAUACACCUGCCAAUACUGGCAGUGGAUUCAAUUCAGGGGCGAAACAAAGAAUUAUUCGAAUGGUAGAUGCACCUGUUGAUCCCAUGGAGCCUCCUAGCCAUUUGCAUAAAAAGGUUCCCCGUGGCCCUCCGUCCCCGCCUGCGCCUGUUAUGCACUCACCACCUCGUAAACUUACAGCUAAAGAACAAGCAGAGUGGGUCAUCCCACCCUGUGUAUCCAACUGGAAAAAUACAAAAGGUUAUACCAUCCCUCUAGAUAAACGUUUAGCAGCAGAUGGACGAGGAUUGCAAGAACUUACCAUCAAUAACAAUUUUGCAAAGUUUUCGGAGGCUCUAUAUGCUGCUGAUCGUCACGCUCGUGAGGAAGUUAGACAAAGAAAUUUGAUGCAACAGAAACUAGCGCAAAAACAAAAGGAAGCAGAGGAGGAUAAGCUUAGACAAUUAGCGCAGAAAGCCCGUGAAGAAAGAGCCGGUUUCAAGCCUUCUACAUCAUCUAAAGCAGCAGAUGAUGCGCCUGCUACUUCAAAUAGGCCUACUGCCUCUUCACUCAUGGUGGAUUACGAUAGUUCUGAUGAAUCGGCAUCAGAAAAGUCUGAAAGUGAGGAUGAGGAAUCGAUUAAGAACAGCUCAGAAGAUGAGAGUGAUGAGGAAGGCGCCAGAGCUCGUGAUAAAUUGAGAAGAGAGCGCCAAAAACAAAGAGAAAGAGAAAUGCGCAUGAGUAAGAUGGGUACAGAGGCCAGGGCCAGACAUCUCGCUCGGGAACAAGGACGUGAUAUUUCAGAAAAGAUUGCUCUUGGUUUAGCUAAACCAUCGCUCAGCAAAGACAGCAUGUUUGAUGCUCGAUUGUUCAAUCAAUCCGAGGGUAUCGGCUCCGGAUUCAAAGAUGAUGACGCUUAUAACACAUAUGAUAAGCCAUUAUUCAAUCAAUCGUCAAGUUCGAUUUAUAGAUUUAGAGGGGAAAACACAGAAUCGGAAGUUCUAGGCAGCACUAACGUUGAAGAUUUAGAACGGUCAAUUCAACAAGAUAAAUUUGGCAUGCGUAAAGGAUUCCAAGGAGCUGAAGGCGGUGCUUCAUCCUCAGCGGGUCCUGUUGAGUUUGAGAAAGAAAUGUUAACUACCACGUCUUCAUCCAAGGCAGCAGAUAAAGACGUAUUCGGUUUGGAUACUUUUCUCAACAAAGCAAAGCAAGGAAAGAGAGGCCGUGAUAGCGAUAACGAUGAUAAUGAUAGACGAAAACGUUAAAAGAAAUAUCUCGAAUCAUCCAGUUUGUAUUUCUCUUAUCACGUAUAUUGUUUUUGUAAAUAAAGUUU